AUGUCAGAUUCAGAAGCUCCAGAUCAAAAACCAGAAUUAAACGAAACCAAACCAGAUGUUAAAUCUGAAACUCAUAUUAAUUUAAAAGUUAGUGAUGGUACAAAUGAAAUUUUUUUUAAAAUUAAAAGAGCUACUCCAUUGAAAAGAUUAAUGGAAGCUUUUGCUAAAAGACAAGGUAAAUCCCUUAAUUCAAUAAGAUUCUUAUUUGAAGGUCAAAGAGUUAAAGAAGAUGCUACUCCUGAUGAAAUGGAUUUAGAAGAUGGUGAUGUUAUUGAAGCUCAUCAAGAACAAAUUGGUGGUUGUUGA